AUGAUAAUAGGAAAUGUCGAAGUUGCUACUACAAAUCAACUCAGAAAGACAUUGAAAAGAAAAUUUUCUAAGCAGCAAUCCGCCCAGAAAAAUCAAUUGGAACGAGUCGAAGUAUCCACAGACCUACAACUUAUUUCUUCUUCGUCUUCAAUCACCGACGAAACCGAUUGUGAUGAUUUCUUAGUGUUCGAGGAGCCCGGUACGUCUCAGCAAGAGAAGACAUACCAGGAUAUGGAUUUUUCUCCGACAGGGCAGGAGCUGCUAUUGCUUCAGUAG